UGAUUCACUGCUCAAUGUGUAAAGCACGGGGAGGAAAAUGGUGGCGAGUACUCGUGUACAGAAGCUGCUCCGUCGAUACAAACUUGCCAUAGCCGCUGCUUUAACAAUUCUCCUCAUCCAAGGGCUGGUGGUAUGGAGUCUCCGGAGUCUGGAGGAAGGAGAGGCCGAGCGCAGGGAGCGGCGGUCUAAGCUGCCUGAUCACAACAACCAGGAUGUGAGGAGAGACUCAGAAGCCAGGGGGCAGAAUGCUCUGUCCGGGGGUUACCAUGGCCGGGGGAAACAUGACCUGGAGCGGCCUGUUGUCACUCGUCCCCACAGGAAAGGGGGAAAACGAAGAAUGAAGCCCUCCAGGACAGAAGGAGCCGGAGUGGUGCAGGGCAUUGGAGCUGUAGAUGCCAUCGCCCCGUACGAUCCAUCCAGCAGCCGUAACUUCACCGAUAUGAAGGGGCAGGAAGGAGGAAAAUUCCCAGCAGGCGCUCAAGGAGAACCGGGGAGCGUCGACGGCGCACCUCAGGUCCCGAGCAACGACUUUGUGCCCAGCUGUGACAUCGUCGGGAAGGAUGCACUGUCGGCUCUGCACCGUGCUGGAUCACGCCAGUGCCGGCAGGAGAUCGCCAAUAUCGUAUGCAAGCACCAGGCUGGAGAGCUGAUGCCACAGGCUUUACCUCAGUACUGCACACAGCAUGUCCUGUCCAGUGCCGGCCAGCAAGCUGACAUUAUAGACAACGAUUUGUCCAAAGUGGAGAACCCAGUCAGGGUGGCGUUUGUGCUGAUGGUUCACGGUCGUGCCGUGCGGCAGCUGAAGCGGCUCCUCAAAGCCAUUUAUCACAAAGACCAUUUCUACUACAUCCAUGUGGAUAAGCGCUCCAACUACCUGCAUCGUGAAGUUGUGCACAUGGCUGAGCUGUACUCCAACGUGAGGGCCACACCCUGGCGCAUGGUCACUAUCUGGGGCGGGGCCAGUCUGCUGAAGGCCUACCUGCGCAGCAUGCAGGACCUGCUGUCCAUGCUCGACUGGAAGUGGGACUUCUUCAUCAACCUCAGUGCCACUGACUUCCCCACCAGGACCAACGAUGAGCUGGUGGCUUUCCUCUCACAGAACCGUGACAAGAACUUCCUGAAGUCUCAUGGCAGAGAGAAUGCCAGGUUCAUUAAGAAACAGGGGUUGGACAGACUCUUCCACGAGUGUGAUAAUCAUAUGUGGCGGCUGGGCGAGCGCACCAUCCCCGAGGGCCUGGAGGUGUCUGGUGGCUCUGACUGGUUUUCACUCACGCGCCGCUUUGUGGAGUAUGUGGUCAGCUCCAAGGACGAGCUGGUGACCGGGCUGAAGCAGUUCUACACCUACGCCCUGCUCCCUGCUGAGUCUUUCUUUCACACAGUGUUAGGCAACAGCCACAUGUGCGACACGCUAGUGGACAACAACCUGCGAGUUACUAACUGGAAUCGCAAGCUGGGCUGCAAGUGCCAGUACAAGCAUAUAGUGGACUGGUGUGGAUGCUCUCCCAAUGACUUCAAACCUGCUGAUCUCAUCCGAAUUCAGCAGCUGACACGGCCCACGUUCUUUGCCCGUAAAUUUGAAUCCACCGUCAAUCAGGAGGCCAUUGAUAUUCUUGAUACCCACCUGUAUGGGCACUACCCUCCAGGCACUGCUGCACUCAAGGCCUACUGGGAAAGUCUGUUUGAGCGGGAGGAUGGUGUGGGUACUCUCAGCGAUGUGGCACUCACAGCCUACAUGUCCUUCUUCAGACUUAGUCUCCAGAGUCAGAAGACCAUGCAGGAGGCCUGCAGGUUUGUGCCUGUUGGCUACCCCAUAUCUGUCCAUCUCUAUUUCUAUGACGACCGUUUCCAGGGCUACCUGGUGCGCCAGGAGGUGAAGAGCAUGGCGUCUGGGAAGAAGGAAAUGCUGGAGGUGUGGGUUGUUCCUCAGGCCACACUACAACUAGAGAGCAACCUGAAUGAGUUUGAGAGGCUUAAGAACCUCGAGGUAGGAACAGAGUGGGACCCCAAAGAGAGAAUUUUCCGGAACUUUGGUGGAGUGAUGGGCCCUUUGGACGAGCCUGUGGCGGUGCAGAAAUGGGCUCGUGGCCCCAACCUCACAGCCACCAUAGUGUGGAUUGAUCCUGCUCAGGUGGUAGCAGCGUCUUAUGACAUCAGCGUGGAUGUAGAGGCGGAGUUUACACAGUACAAGCCCCCGCUGCAGCGUCCUCUCAGGCCGGGAGUAUGGACAGUUCGUGUGCUGAGGCUAUGGGAGCGUGUGGCCGAAGCGCGCUUUCUGGUCAUGCCUCUGGUUUUUAAAGGAAAGGAGCCAUUUCGCAAAGAGGAGCACAGCUGGCUGCACGCAGGCCCUGCAGGCAACGUUUACUUGGAGCAGGGCUUCCAGCAGCUCGCUCAGGUUCUGAAGCUGCCUCCUAUGGAGCCUGCCCUGGAGGAGUCUCAGAAGAAGGCCUCUCUGGUGGGCAAGGCUCUGGAGGGUUGGGUGGACAGCUUAGUGGGUGCCUUCUGGGUAACUGGAGCCAUGUGUUCCACUCAGACGUCCCUCUGUCCCAGUGUACAGCUGUGUGCCAAAACUAGCUGGAGCUCCUUGUCCCCAGAUCCCAAAUCCGAACUCGGUACGGUCAAAAGCAACGGCCGCAUCAGGUAGCCCGAAAGAUUGGGAGAGAACAAGGGUUAGAACACUAAGGUGAACUACAGGGGAGAGUAGGGCCCCUGGGAGUGAUGUUUACAGGAUAUGGGUCUCUCGGAUCAUCCCACUGUUUUCUGGUCAAGGCACCUUGUCCUGAGGAUUGGUGUCAGGGACAAUCUAAGAGAAGAAUUAAUUGACAUUUGCACAUGAGAACAUUUUCUAAUUUUAAAGAAUCAUUGUUCAUAAACGUUACAAGUUUUUUGGGGUGUGUCCAUAUGCAGUCUUAAUUUGACUGGAUUGAUGAUGCAAAGCCGUUAACCUCAAGUUUUUUUUUUUUUCCUAGUUUCAGAACAAAUCAAAAAAGUGCACAUUUUCUUCUGUGUAUACAGUAUUUGUAGCCAAUUUUUUUAAUUUAAGCUUUACUCUACCUGUCAGUGGUUGGAGUCCUGCAGCCCAGUGGUUCUCUUAUUGAGGUGUGUGAAGCGUAGCCAGGGGGUCCAUGAGGUUUUUUUUUAAUUUUUGUUUUAUUUUGUGUUGGAAAUCACACCCCGCCAUUAGGAAAACUGUUAUAUACAUUAUAAUUGUGUUCUUAUAGUUAUUAGCCAGUUUGACUGGUUACAUGAAUUAAGUAGGUUUUACGCCAUUCUCAAGAACUGAAAAACAAGUAGGCCUAUAAAUAAUCUCAGCAAAGACCUAAUGUCUUGUAUCAGUGGAAAGUUCAGGAAGAAAAUACUUUAUGGCUCCAAUUAAUACAAAAAGAUUAUUGUACACACACAAAUGAUUUAGAAUUGUUGAAAUCAGUGUUGGAGGUUCUGUGGAAUAUAUUUUAGAGUUAAAGGGGUCCCUGGCUGCAAAAAGUUUUAGCCUGUAAUUAUUAUUAUUAUUUUGAUUUCCAAACUUCAGAAGCCGAUUGAUAAAGUGCACUUUACUGUAAGAGAAAUGUCUGAAUUACAGACAACAAUGUGGAGCUUAUGAAGUCACUCGGGUGGCCAAAUGAUCAGUGGCUCCAUUUGAGAAUAUUUCAAGUGCUGCUUAUAGAGUCACACUUUCGCCAUCAUGUGGAUCGUGUAGAGUUUAGGAAAUGAGCAAAAUGGACAAGCGCCACUAAAUGUCCAUGUCCAUCAGAAGAAAAAACUGUUGCUUGUGUGUGUUUGGUAAUGCUGUGACUGCCUCCUUUGUGUGUGUUUGGAAUGGCUUCUUUUGAAAUGAUGCCAUCUAGAUGUUUACCACUGCAUUUUUUUUUUUUUUUUUUUUUUUUUUCGUUUAAAAGCUAAGGGUGCUACGCAAGCACAUGGGUAGUAUCUCUAGCAGCUGAAUGAGCUGACCCUUCUGAGGAUCAGUGGAAAGACAGCUUUUUCAUUAUCUUGCCCUCCAAACGUAAAUGCUAUGAAGGCUGAAUCUGCCACUAAUUCAUGAUCUUUGUAAUCCCAUCUGUUGUUUCUAAAGGUCAAACUGUGAUGGACGAUCACACAGGACGAUCACACAGGCAUCUUGGUACUCGCCCAGUUUACUGCAGAAUUAUAAUAGAAAGCUCCUGAGUAAUACAGCUUAUUGCUGUUUCUAAAUCUUAGUUACGUUCGUAAAGGAUUCUGUUUCAGCCUACUACUGCAAUGCAGUACGUCGUCAUGGUGAACGUCUAAAUGUAUCAUCAAUGAAGUAUGGCAUUAUUCAUUGUCACAAUUGUGUCAUAUGUUAUUUUCAUUUUCUUCAAUAUUUGCAUAAGAUUUUCUUUUCUGGGUUGGGAAUCCAGUGGUGGGCAAAUCGUAAAUCCUUUAGCUAGCCCACUGGGCAAGUGAAAGCUCUGUGAUGACGCGUGCUAUGUAUUUUUUGACCGGAAGCCUGAUUGACAAGGCUAAAAAUUGGUAGCUAACAUAAUCUAAUGAACUAUGGCCAAGUAGUUAAGUGCAUUAAUACAACCACAAAUGAGAAUAUAUAAACUCCAACUCGCCCAUGGUAAUUAUCCUUAUCCAUAUUCUAAGCAAGUGUCUGAAGUGGCACAUCAUAUUUGUGCCCUUGAUAAAAAGUCAGCAAGUCACUGGUCAGCUUUUUGGCUAUGAUCUGUAGCAUUUUCUUUUCGCAUCACAGAUAAAAGAUAUCGUUUGAGUCUGGCUAGCUUCUUUAUUUUCUCUCGACUGCGUGUAGUAAGCAGGAGAGUUGUGCUGCACUUUCUGUUGCAUGGUUUUGUCAGGGUUUCCACAUAUCUGCAUGGUUCUGGUUCUGAAAAGAUCAUCUGUAUGUCAUGCAUGCAUGCUAAUUUAUCCAACUACUGAAAGCUGGUGUGUGUAGUGCAGCAGGUGGUGGGAUUCAGAACGAGUAACACGCGCUAUAGUUUUUGUUUGGUGUGUUUAAACAAAACGUACUUGACGGUGAUGCACAAUGCUGUGUCACACCGUCAAGUGCUGUGUUUAAACAUUGCAAACAAAAACGUUUGUUUUGCAAAAAUCAAUAGUUUUUUUUCCCCCUCUAGUUGUUGAAUGAGAAGGAAAAAAUGCUAGUGGGUGCUUGGAAAUAAAAGUUGUAUGAAUAAAAACUAAUAGCAUAUACAUGUCACCUUGUUCUGGGAGCCCAGGCUAGUGAUUUGUCCACCCCGAGAUGCAUCACCGAAUGGGUCAAACUGGCUUCUUUUGCACAGCCAAUAAAGAAUAAUUCUUUCAUGGUGUUUUUUUUUUUUUCCCUUCUAAACUCACAUUUCAAUUGGUUGUGACUUUCUGUCACAUGCUUCAGAGAAGCCUAUUGUUUUAGGACAGUAAAUGGUCUGUGUGUGUAUGUAUACAUACAUAUCUAUAUAAAGUGGUGCAUUGUGAGAAUCAAUGGAUUAUUUUUGUAUUUAUAAUUCCUCCUGGAGAGGGAGGUCAUAUUUUUUAUCUGUUAGUUAUGUCAGGAUUGCUGCUUCAGUCUAGUCUGUUUCAUGAAACUUGUUGUGCAUUAUCUGUGUCUCAUGAAAUGGUACCUCGAUUGGAGUUGUUUCUAGAGUUUUAAAAGACAUUGUGUUGAGUGGCAGCGAUGGCUUCACUGUCGAGAUGAGUGUUUGGAGAAAUAUGGUGAAAUUGAAGAGCAGAGAUGUUUCUGUUCCAGGCACAAUAAAUAUGAAAUCAAUGGUA